UUCGUGUGAGAGAAAGAGAGGGAGAAGGAAAACACACUUGCAUGUACAUAUGCAGCUUUGCAACAGCUGACUGAGUGCACACACACCAGAGCAACAUCAGACAGACAUGGGAGAGAAGUGAAGGAGAGCAGAACAAGCCAAAGAACGGAAGGAUAAAGCCUCGGAGUGACAGUCUCUUUUGCAGACAGCUGUGACCAUGGCAGACCCUCCAACAGGCCCUCCAGAGGAUAUCAACAAAAUCAGCUUCUGGAUGCCAGGAAAUUACAUGCGGACGGUCCAGAGGACACCAGAGUCGUACCAGGCUUGUAAAGACAUCAUGGCCUGCAUGAAGGAACGGGCUCAUGUGGAGCGACAGUACGCCCGUCAGCUGACCGAAUGGAGCAACAAGUGGAAAGCUAUCACUGAGACUCGGCCGCUGUACGGGUCUCUCUUGCGAGCCUGGCAGUGCUUCUUCUCGUCCACCGAGCGUCUGUCUGCUCUUCACACGUCAGUCUCCCAGUCUCUGGUUUCUGAAGAUGGAGAACGCAUUCGCUCGUGGCAAAAGGAGAUGUUCCCACGGAAAAUGUUCUGCGGAUUUCGAGAGUCACAUGAUCUUGCGACGGCUUUCUCACGCGCUCAGAAGCCCUGGGAGAAACGAUUAAAGAAGCUGGAAAAGGCUCGUGCGGCGUAUCAUAAGUCAUGUCAGAAAGAACAGAGCGCUCAGGAAAAAGAGAAUCAAGCAAAACACAACGCCAAGCUGAGCGAGAGCAAACUGUCCAAGAUCCAGCAGGCCAGAGAGAAAGCCACACAGGAGCGCAGCAAGGCACGUGAUCGCUAUGAGAAGGUUCUAGAGGAUGUCACUGGCUUCGCACCACGAUACAUGGAGGAAAUGGAGUCUGUGUUCGACCAAUCACAGGAGGAGGAGAGGAAGAGGAUCAGCUUCCUGAAGCAGGCCUUCCUGUCCAUUCACAGACACCUCGACAUUACCAACAACGAGAGUAUUAAAGCAGUGUACAGUGAACUGCAUCACACACUCAUGUCCAUCAGUGAGCCCGAUGAUCUCCGCUGGUGGAAGAACAACCAUGGGCCGGGAAUGCCAACCGACUGGCCCAAACUAGAGGAAUGGAACCCGCCGAUUAAAAAGCAAAAACCAGGAAAGAAACCAAAAAUACCCAGAGGAACUGAGGACAAACCGGUCAUGAUCGGAGGAGUGCGUGUUCGAGCGCUGUACAACUACACCGGAGAGGAGUCUGAUGAACUCUCGUUCAAAGCAGGGGAGGAGUUCCUCAAGGUGGAGGAAGAGGACGACCAGGGCUGGUGCUGGGGCGUGAAGGAGGGCGGAGUCGAGGGGUUUUAUCCGGCCAAUUAUGUGCUGCCUGUCAAAUGAUGUCACAACGAAUGUCUAUUCACAGUUAUGGAAAACACACAGUGGCCAUCAAGAAUGAAACAAAUGUGAAUGUCAAUGCAUUAGAAAUCACUAAGAGCUAACUUUUUCACCUUUCUUUGACUUUUCAACAUCUAUUGUUUUAUCAUUUAAAACAAACUUUUUUUUUGCUUUGAAAGUGUUUUCGUGUUUCAUUUUCUGUGAGUUUCAUUUAAGUGAUACAUAGUUUGGCAUUUUAUCUAAUGCAAUGACAUUCAGCUGUUUUAAGUUUCUAAAUACUUUCGGUCCACAAUAUCUUUAGUAAAAACAGCUACAACUAGUGUUUCUACCGACCAAAAUGAAAAUAAAACAUUUAACGCUCUUUCACAAAUCAAACCCUUACCUCUUCAUUUAAUAGAAUGGGAUUCAUUCAUUUUAAUUAACACCGUUUUUUUUCCUCCUAUGCUUUUAGAAACUUCCAAGAAAGCCAAUGACGAGCAAAUAAUUCAAGGAGAGUUAAAAAAUGCAUUCUGUGUAAUUUAUAUAUUGCUUAAUGAGAGGUUGUAGGAAAACCAGUAGGAGCUUGUUGGAAAGAUUCCGGGGCACUGGAGAAACAUCCUCCAUUAUCAUUAGAUCCAAAUCUAUUUCAUAUUCCACAUGGACUCAAUGAAACUAUAAAUGACCUUUCUGUGCACUGACCCCUUGAUUGUUUAUCAGCUAUGUCACACAACCCUGCAACAUCCAGGACCGAAGUGACAGGGAGGAAUUUGAACAGGUAUCCGGAUAAACAACAAGGAAGAGAUGCAUGGCAAUAGCCAUUAAUCCAGGAAUGACAGGGACCUCUGGUGGUGGAUCCGACAUCACAUCUCUCAAUCUGUUCUCCAGUCAAGAGAGAAGACUCCAGCUUGUCUGUUUUACUGUAUGCAUGACAUAUCUUGUGCAUUUGAAAUAUUAUAAAUGCAGUUACUCUAACAUUUAAA